UUCGAUUGCCAUCAACCUUGUUCGUGUUUCUCCUCUAAAUAAAAACAAGAUAAAUAUCUAUGAGAUUCUAGUUUAUCUCUUGAACUCUUGUUGUUAUCAUCCAAUAUUCAAUUUAUAAUAACAUUGAUCUACCACUGUAUUCAAGCAUGAAGAAAGUGACAGUGGUUUUUAUAUUUUGCAUAUCGGCAAUUUUUGCUGCACCAGCCCUAGAUGAAGAUGUGAGAAAAUUAGAAAGCAAUAAUCUUGGAGAUUUCAAUGAUAUCAAGGAAAAUAUUCCUGGUAAAAUCGAAGAAUCCACCUCAUUCACAUCGACGCCCACUAUUGAAGAAAUUGGUCGAAUCAAUAGAUUAUGUAUUGAAGAAACAAAAGUCGAUGAAAAAAUUGUUAAAAUGGUUAUAACAGACCAUGUUAUUCCAAAAGAUUCGAAAUAUCCAAAGUUCCUAGCAUGCAGUUACAGGAAACAGAACUAUUUGAACGAAAAAGGGGAAAUUCAGUUCCAAAAUAUCAUAAGGUUUUUAUCCAAAUAUUACAAAAGAGAAGACUUGAGGCCAUUGGAAGUUUGCGGAGAAUUAAAACAAACCAAUAGGGGAACUGAUAAUGCAUUGAAUGCUUUGAAGUGUAUCUUGCCUAAACUAUUACCAAUCAAAGAAAUCUUUGAUGAAUGAAAAUCUACAAACUUUUCAUUCGACUAGAGAUUAUUUUCAUUCAUUGCAUUAAGUGUGAUUAGGAGGACGAAAUUCGCAGCUAUUAAUAGGUUAAUAAUUUUGAGCAAAAUAGAAAGAUUAUGUAAAAUAUAAUUUAAUAACCCUUGUACAAGGAAUGGGUCGAGUAAAAACAUAUGUACAAUCUAUUUAACUUGAUGCAGUUCA